GUCUUUUUGACAAUAUCGCGUAAGUAAUUCAAUUAAGUUAAUAUACAAAUAAAAAAAUAAUUUAAAUGAAUUGAUUAAUAAUUAAUAAAUAACAGAGGAGGCGAAAAUGGCGGAGGCGAGAACGUGCGAGUCGCAGAGCCACGGGUUCAAAGGGAGGUGCUUGAGCGACCACAACUGCGGGAUGGUGUGUAAGAACGAGGGUUUCUCUAACGGCUGGUGCCGUGGUUUCCGCCAGCGCUGCUUCUGCACGCGCGCCUGCUAA